AUUGGAGCGCCUGGGAAUUAGAGAGACUGGACUCCCGUGAGAACCUGAGGCCAGGACCACAGCACAGUAAGGAAAACAAAGUGUCUUGGUGCCUGCCACUGGACACCCAGAGCUCGAGGAGACCAGCUUCCCUGCGAGGGCGGCAGAGAGCUGCAUCACACAGUCAGUGUGCUCACAGUUUUCACUCCUGGAAGUUUGCGUAACCGUCACGCUUCCUGGUGUCAGGAACCUUGAAUAUGCAAGUUAAAGGAGCUCACAUAGUCCACUGACUGCCACCCGUGCCCCAGGGUACCAUUACGAAAGCCAGCUUGAAAGGAUAUCUGGACCUAAAGUCCUCACCUGUGUGUUCCCAUCUUUGGGACUCCGCAGACGUUCACUGUGCCCUAUAUUGUAGGGGCCGGGCAUUGAGACAGAACGGUGUCACCCUCUAGAAUCAGGAGGCCAGGGUGCCUUCCCUUUGGGAGGGGCUGGCUGUCAGGAGCAUGACUAGCCAUAAGCACGGAGGCUCAUGAAGGCCCACGAACUCCUGCCGCCUGCUCCCAGUGCAGUCCACCCGCGUCUCAUCGUCAGCAGGAGUAGCUCAGUGCUCGUACUGGUCUGCCUAUGCGGCUGUGCCAACGGGGCCCUGGACAACCCCGUGGGGUCCAGCAUUGACCAGUCCCCAGACGACAUGACCAAAGAGAACGUACUCAGCUCGGCUGUGUAGUCCACCUGGGUGCAGUAUAGAAGCCUCACCUAGGAAGUGCCUGCUGCCUUACCCACGCACCCUGUCUGACCAUGUGCUGUUGUCAAGUCUGAAUCACUGAUUGGUCACAGGGGCGAGUUCUGUCCCGUGCGCACUGUGGGACCCAGCCAUGCUGAAAGCCUGUGCUAUAGCAAAGCCAGUGUCAGCAGAUCCUGAGGACCUUUAAUUGUCCCACUUUAGGAGAACCUCAACCCCACCACUGUGCUGUGCCUUCUCUACUUUGGUGUGCUCCACAGAGGAGUCGGUGGGUUUCACCUCCAGGGCAGCACACAUGGCACACGCUACACGAAAUCAUUAGUCACAGCCAAAGAAGUUAGAAGGAGACUGUUCUGUGGUGGCCAUCUACAGAGCCAACGUUGUGCCAUAUUUCCAGAUACAUCUUCAGGAGAAAUCUGCCUACUAAGAGGGUCUGAACUCCAGCUACCCAGAUCUCAGUGCAGGAGCGUGAGGAUUGAACAGAUGAGUGACCUGAGUCCUCUCAGAGAAAACCCCGACUGUGACAGGAAGUUCCAGAUAACCUAAAGGGAUGAAAUGUUUGGGAAAGAAAAUAAAAUGAAGCUGUUUCUUGUCCUAUGUCUUCAUCAGAUCGUCUUGAAUUAAAAUGACAGAUCUUCCUUCAGAGAACUGCUCUCUCCAGCACCUAUCACACCAGCUGAAGCAGCCCGUAGAUCUUAGCCGUCUGUUGUUCCUCAUCAUACUUGGGAAAACGUUAUUGAAUAUUCUCAUGCUAGGGUUGAAAAGGAAAGACACCCACUGGGGCUUUAUGGAGUGUUUCUGCUUCUCACUAGCAUUUGUUGAUCUUCUGCUGUGGGUUAACCUUUCCAUUCUGUCCUACUUCAGGGACUUUGUAGUUCUAGGUAUUAGGUUUACACAGUAUCAUAUUUGUCUGCUCACACAAAUCAUUUCCUUCACUUAUGGCUUUUUGCAUUAUCCAGUUUGCUUACUAGCUUGUAUAGACUACUGUUUGAUUCUGUCUGGAGCCACCAAGCAUUCAUCUAAGUGGCGAAGGUUAUUUUAUUUCUUGACAGUCGUUUUAACUUGGAUUUCAGUCUUUGCGUAUGUUCUAGGAGAGCCAGCCAUCUCACAAAGCCUGAAGACGCACAACGCUUCUCUGUACCAAUGCCCUUCCUAUGUCAGCACACAGAGUUACUGGCUGUCAUUGUCUAUGCUGGUAGUUUUAUUUGUGGCUUUUCUGGUUUCGUGGCCGGAAGUUGUUGCCUUGGUACAAGCUAUUAGGAUAGCAUCCUAUAUGAACAAGACCAUCCUCUACUGCCCCUUCCCAUUCCACUCUGGAGUGAGCGCUAGAGAAGCUCUCUUGCCCAGGCUUAUUGUGUGCUUUCUUGCUACCUGGUUUCCCUUUGUAGCACUUCAGGCCCUCACCCUCUCACUCAGAGUUCAAAUCCCAGCAUAUGUAGACAUGAACGUGCCCUGGCUGUACUUUGUCAACAGUUUUCUCAUUGCUGCAAUUUCUUGGUUUAACUGCCAGAAGCUUUAUUUAAAGGACAGCACAUUACCUCUGGAUCCUUUUGUCAACUGGAAAUGCUGUUUCGUUCCAGUCCAUAGACUUAAGCAAGUGGAGAGGCCCGUAUCCAUAAUCAUCUGUUAACAACAGGCUGCUGUGUUGGGAGGAACUUCAGAAGCACCACAGAUCAUAAGCAGGACAGAGGUGGCUCAGGGCACAGAACUGAAGCUGUGUCCCCUAACUUAGAACUUUUCAGCACAGCCUCUCUGUAGUGGAUAUUAAAUAGUGCCAAGGACACAACAAAGUUUCCAUGUCUGUUCAGCAACACUGUGUAAGUAUUUGAUGUUAAUCCAAAAGUAAAAUAAACACAUUAACAUGUG